GUACGCGCUGGAGCUGGGUGUGAAGAUGGCGGACGAGGAGGCCGAGCAGGACCUAUGUCCUGAGAACGGUGUCAGUGAAACGAUCGGGGAACUCAGACAACGGUUGCAAGAGCUGCAAGAAGCCGUGGUUCGAGAGGGCGGCGACCCCGAAACCGAAUCCUCCUCCCGGUACUGCCAGGAGUUCUGCGGGACUCUGCUGGAGUAUGCGGGCCGCUGGAAGAUCGGGGAAGAGCCUCUGGCGCUGGUGGAAGUGUACAUCGUGGCGCUGCUGAGCUACGCCCAGGCGUCGCCAUCCCUCUCGCUGCAGUGUGAAAACGUUCCUCUGGUGGUCGAGAGGCUCUCGACGAGUUUUGUGGAGCUUUUGCUCUCGCUGAAGACGGACGUUCCAGACGGCUUGUGGAAAGAAUUCAAGUCGUGCGUGCAGUUUGCUUACAGUAAGCUGCAGGAGAACCGCAUCACCCAGCUGUCCCAGCUCUCCGCUUUGGGCCAGUAUGACGGCGUGUGGACCAACAGAGUCCUGCAGGGCCUCCUCCUGUCCGACGAAAACCUCCAGACCCAACAAGUGGAGGAGUUCCUGGUGCAGGAGGGACAGGGCCUGCUGGAGAUGAGGGUGAGCCAGAUGAUGAAGGGCAACCAGAUGGGGAAGGCCGCGCUGCUGGCCAAGGUGUGCUCCGAGUGUCACGCCUUCCAAGGGAAGGGGCUUUUCAGGCAGAUGUACCUGGUGUGUCUCUGUGCGACCUCGGAACAGGACCAGCUGAUGGACGAGCUUUCGAAGGAGGAUUGCCGUGACGUGUUGGAGAUGAUCUGCAACCUCGAGUCGGACGGAGACGAGAGGGCAGCGUUCAGCUUGUGCUCGGCCUUCCUGACCCGACAGCUUCUCCAAGGGGACACAUACUGCGCUUGGGAGCUCACUCUGUUUUGGAGCAAGCUGUUGAAGAGAUUGGAGCCAUCGGAGCAAGCCUUCCUCGACAGAUGCCACCGGAUGUCUUUACUUUCCAAAACCGUGUACCACAUCCUGUUCCUCAUCAAGGUCAUCCAAUCAGAGAUUGACAGCGUUGGACUGCCGGUGUGCAUCGAAAUGUGCAUAAGGGCUCUGCGAAUGGACUCGAACGAUGGAACCACCAAGGCCACUGUUUGUAAAACCAUUUCCUGCUUGCUCCCCACUGACCUGGAGGUCAAGCGAGCCUGCCAGCUGACGGAGUUCCUCCUGGAGCCCACGGUGGAUUCCUACUACGCCGUGGAGACUCUUUACAAUGAGCCGGAUCAGAAACUAGAGGAGGAGAAUAUGCCCGUUCCCAACUCCCUGCGCUGCGAGCUCCUGCUGGUUUUUAAAACCCAGUGGCCUUUCGACCCAGAGUUCUGGGACUGGAAAACGCUGAAGCGCCACUGUCUCGCGCUGAUGGGCGAAGAAGCUUCGAUCGUGUCAUCCAUCGACCUGCUGAAUGACACCGAGGACCCCGAGGAGGAGGAAGACUUCCUCGGUCAGGAGGGGUCGAGGAAUAUGUUGGACCACGCCGUCAGCGGCACCUACGAACUAAACGACAUCACCGACAGGAGGCAGAAGAACAGAGAGAUGAAGAAACUGAGAGAGAAAGGGUUCAUAUCUUCCAGGUUCAGGAACUGGCAGGCGUACAUGCAGUACUGCGUGCUGUGCGACAAAGAGUUUCUCGGCCACCGGAUUGUACGCCACGCGCAGACACACCUGAUAGACGGCGUGUACAGCUGCCCGAUAUGUACCCAAUCCUUUACCUCGAAGGAAACGUUGCUCCCCCACGUGACGUCGCACGUCAAACAGUCGUGCAAGGAACGGCUGACCGCCAUGAAAUCAAACAAGAAGUUGUCCAAUCCCAAAACGUCCGCCCUUGCCGUCGCGGCGCUGAAGUCCAAGACGGAAAACAAAGUUCACGAAAACGGCGGCUCCUUCAGUCAGAACGGGGGGCUGAGUUGCAACGAACCGACCAAGGUGUCGAGGUUCAAUACGGACAACGGGGAGGACAACAUGUGCCCGGUGGGGAAAUGCAGACGGAGCUUCAAGUUCUUCAGGAAUCUCGUCGCGCACGUCAAAGCUCACGGGGACAACGAGGAGGCCAAGACGUUCCUUGAAAUGCAGAGCAAAAAGGUCGUCUGCCAGUACUGCCGCCGCCACUUUGUCAACGUCACCCACCUGAACGAUCAUUUGCAGGUGCACUGCGGCGCCAGGCCGUACAUAUGCAUACAGUUGAACUGCCGGGCGAGCUUCCUGUCCAACACUGAACUCUUAAUACACAGGAGGACGCAUUCGGUUUUUAAGGCCAGGUGCAUGUUUCCGAACUGUGGCACGAUCUUCCACGAGGCCUUCAAACUCUACGACCACGAGGCGCAGCAUUACAAAACGUUCACCUGCAAAAUCGUGGACUGCGGGAAGGUUUUCCACUCGCUGCACCAGUUGGAUUUGCACCAGGAAGGGCACGCCGAUCCGGAGGAGGAAAGCCCGUCGUCCGAACAGAUCUCGCAGAAUAUGCAGCCCGGCCCCUCACUCAUCGAACAAAUGCUAUCCACCCACACUCCGAUCAAGCAAGAGAGUUCCCAAGAGGACUGGAAACCUGAGAGUGCUGGUAAUUUAAAUAAUGCGAGGCUGCCGGUGUCCAUCGAGAGCUUACUGAAACCCUUACCCGUGGAACCCUUCGAACAAUACCGGGUCAAAUCGGAACCACUAAACGCGCCUUGCUCCGCCGCCAGGCAGACGCAGGAUUUGAAUCAUUCUGUUAUUCAACCUGCUAAUUCCCACUUCCCCGAUCCCAGUGAACCCCGACGUGUUUCAGGUGGUCAUUGUUUUGAUAAUAUGCGACCACCCCAACAGAAUCAACCGGCAAAUCCAUUUGAAGCUAAUUUGGGUAACGUGUCACGUAACUGUAUUACCGGCGUCUCGCACGUCCGGCCGCAAAUGUUCCCCUGCAGUUUAAACACCGGGACGACGGGUUACAAUUCCGACUGCAUCUCGCCGUUGCCGGGGCCGCAAGGGCCGAUGUGCAGCAGCAACCCGUUGACGUUACCGUCCCCACAGAACUCCGCGGAGCCGGCAAUGUCGCAACCGCUUCCCCCGACGGUAACCCCUCAGCCGCUCGCCGGGAACCGAUCAGAGAUCUCUGCGGCGGCCGCGACGAGUGCCGGCCCCCCGCCGGGUCACCGGGAGCGAUUUCACUGUCCAUUCGAGACGUGUCCGAGGCACUACAGCUCCUCCAGAAGCGUGUCCAAGCACAUGAAAACGUCCCACUGCGAAUUCUACGAACAGUGGAAAGUUGCUCGGACUAAAAUCAGGAUCACCUACGCUCCGGCGCCGAGCACUUCGUCCGUCGGGCAUCUCGGUUCUGCCGCCUCAGUUCAGAACCAGCCGGCUGGCAGAGUACCAGUUCACGGAGUUCAGAGGCAGAACGUUAUCCAAUCGCCUCCUUAUAUAAAUAUGGGCGUGCGGUUAAACUGUUCCGCGCUGCAUUCCCAUUCCUCGUGUGCCCGCAACAAGAACGCGUCGCUCCUGAUGGAAAAGGUUUUAAACCCCAUUGUCCUCUCUCAGCUGGGCAGCGACACCACUCCGUUAACGCCGCAGUCCCACGUUUCAGGUAGUCAAAACUGGCACUCGGCCCCGAGAAGCGGACACAUUCAAAACUGUGGCUCUUCCCGAGUCUAUGCGUCGAACGUACAAGUCGAUUCCUUGCAGUCGCCACUCAUGGAAAAUGGAUCCCAGCCAGUUAUGCCCUCGUACAAGGGAGCGCCUCAACAAGCAGAAGGCCAUAUUACACCAUAUUCGUCACAGAUGCAAAGCAGUUUAGUUUCCGGUUGCAGGGCGCCAGAAAAAACUAAAUCGAUGCAAAGUAAUAUGCAGCCAACUUUCCCCCCUCCAGACAGUGCAAGCCAAAACAUCAACAGCCAACCUCACAAGGGCCCAGUUCUCCCAGAAAACAACCCCGUAAAUCAAAAGCCAGCCAGAAAAAGCAAAAGGACCAAAUGGCCAGCUAUCCUCAGGGACGGCAAAUUUGUUUGCUGCAGGUGUUUUAGGCAAUUCGACAGUCCCAAAUCCCUCGGGGGCCAUUUGUCCAAGCGCGUGAGCUGCAAACCGUACGAUGAGUCGGAGCUUAACACCGACCUGCCGGCUUCCUUUCUCGACCUUCUCAAUUCGGAGCAGACGGUCAACACCGCUCAGCCACAGUCGUCUUAUAACCCUUCUGCCGUUUAUCAGGAGAAGCCUCAUCAGUCGGUCACCAAUGGUUCGGUGGCUGUAAAAGAUUACCCCGACCCUAAUUAUUCGCAAGAUAAUUUGGCGGUAUACAGCAACGGGGAGUCAAACGACGACAUCCUUAAGCAGAUCAUGGCGGAGUCCAACCUGUCUGAACUUUUUGUAAACACACCCGCUCCCCAGCCAUUGUUCCAAAACCCUUGUGUUCCCUAUCUAGCCAGUGAACGCCUGCCAGGGAGCUCCGUCAUACAGCACACAGAAAAUGUCCAGGUGAAGCAAGAGGACGAUUCGUACGUCACGGCCCGUUAUUCGCAGCCUGACGUCGGCACGUUUGCCGGGAGUGAGUUUUCUGACCCGCUUCUCUCUCAGAUGCUCAAAGAAAACCCUUUCACGGCAAACCACAGUGAGAGGCAUCGCUCUAUGGCAACCAUGCAGGCGCCAGAUUCAAACCCGGCGGCGGCGAUGACGCGGUUACCCGACAGUCAGUUUAGUGGCAAGAAGGCCGAGGCGCAAAGGACGCCACCGGAGCACGAUGUUAAAAAGCGACUGCGGGAGCAGAUUUUGUCCGGCGACUUCCAACAUGGAAACAGCUUGUGCCAUUCAAGCAACGCUGACCCCAAUGCCAAUUUGCGUGCCACGUCUUUCGUCCCAAUGUGCAGUCCCUCCAAUAACUACGGGCUUCAUCAAAUGUUCCGGGAUUCAAACACCGACUCGGCAAGUCAAGGACAAGUCCUUCAAGAGAACUGUACAAUCAUGCCGGGAACCUCUGUCGAAAUCGAACGACUUCUGAACACGCGGAGCUUCGCCGGUUUCAGAGAGACUUCCACCCCGCGGCAGGAGGUCCCAAGCUCCACGGGGGUCCCGGCAAACAACGCCGAUCUCGAGCCCGGCCAGUUGUCCGCCGGCCAGCAGCGGUGGAUGACGGAAAUUCAAAGUUCAUUCGAAAGGCUAGACUUGGUCAGAGAGACGUCCGAGCAAAUGGCCUUACCUGUGAAACAGAGCAACGUUCCCACGCCGAGCCCGACCGUAUCCACCAAGAACGCCGUCAAGCCGUUUGUUUGUGAGAACUGCACGUUUUGUUCCGCUUCGGGCGAAGCGCUUUGGAGACACCUCUCCAAAAGUCACAACUACACGCUGGAGAUGGUGAACGUGGUUAAGAGAAAGUACGGCCAAUACGCUCCCUUCAAGUGUCAAAAAUGCGGCAAGAGGUUCACCCGUAACUCAAACCUGCGUGCGCACUACAAUUCCAUUCACAAAUUAUUAGCUAAAGAAAUCGCAGACUUAGAUCUGCAGCGCAGGGAGGCCAAAGCCGCCGCAACCGCCGCCCUUCAGCAAGCGGCUCAGAGCCCGACGCCCACGUCGCUCCAAGACAACGUAAAACACGAAUACGCGUCGCAGGCGUUUGUGUCGCUCACUAACGUUGACGUGACCAAUCGGAACAUCCCAGAUGACAAUCGCUCCACUGUCAUUCAGCCCUCCCUAAUCGCUCGCGUGCACAAUCAGGCGAUGACUCCGCCGGUGCAGGCCCACGCCUCCGCGUCGUCCUUUCAUCAACAGUGGUCUCAUCAACGAGCAUUUGAGAAACAAGUGUCCGUUAAUCCCGCCCAGGCCGUGUCUGCCGUUGUGCCGCCGUCUCCCGACGAUAAGCCUGCCGUCGAUGGGCAGGCGAGCGUCAAGCCGAGCAUGGACAAUACCAGGAAGGCGAAAGAGAGGAAGCCCCACUCGCGGGGCGCCACCAGUCCGUACAGACCCUACCGCUGCGUUCAUCAGGGUUGCGUGGCGGCCUUCACCAUCCAGCACAAUUUGAUCCUCCACUACCGGGCCGUCCACCAGUCGGCUCUGUCGGCGCUGGAGGUGAACAAAGAGCAGGACCAGAGCGACGCAUCGGACGAAACGUUGAGCCACAACGAGGACGAGUCGGACGCGGAGCUGCCCCAAAUUUCCGAGUUCCGAUGCCAAGUCAAAGACUGCUCCCGGGUUUUCCAAGAAGUUCACAACCUUCUGCAGCAUUACUUGCAGCUGCACUGUUUCAGCCUCGAUAAGAUCGGCGGCCUCUUGUCCACCAUCAAGCUCGGCAGGUUCGCGUGCAGCCAACAGGGCUGCACGGCCUCCUUCACCGCCUUCUGGAAGUAUUUAGCGCACGUCAAAGAGCAGCAUAAAGACUUGAAGUUUGCCAAAACUGAACCCUUCAACGGCUCCUUCAAAUGCGAAAUCGAAGGUUGCGACCGUACGUACGCCACAAAGUCCAAUAUGCUCAGACAUGUCAUGAAGAAGCAUGAGGAGCUUUACCAGCCCAAGGUGAAGAACGAACAGAUCGAAGAAGGGAUUAAACAAACCGCAAAGACUUUGCUUUACCAGAUCACCAAGACGAGUAACGGGAAGGAAAACAUCGAGAGCAAUAAAAAGAUCCUCCAGAGGCCGAGCGACACGAAGAGAGUGAGCAAGGUGAAAAGCAGCCACUGGACUAAAUACGGAAAACCCUCCUUGAAAUCCAAAGUGGAGGCGGCGUCCAUGUGCACCAAGAGAUUCCCCCUUCAAUACCCCUGUAUGAUCAAAGGCUGCGAUUCGGUCAUGAAAUCGGAGCGGAGCAUAUUGAAGCAUUACGUGGGACACGGACUGUCGGAAAAGUACCUGGAGCAGCAAAGGAGCCACUUCAUCUUCUGCAAAAAGUUCCCCCGGCAGAAGUGCCGCUCCAUCCGAAGCGACGACUCCAAAUCGGAGAACACCUCUGACCUGUCGGACAACGAGAUGACGUCGGACGCCGGCCUGGAAGGAGGCGCGUACGGCUAUUCGAAGCCCGUCCUGCGCAAGAGGGCCUCGGCGAGGUCCCCCGCCACAGUGUUCGAAAGCAAACUGUCCACCGAUGAGAAUUCGGACGGCUCCGUGGUGAUCAAACGCAAGCGGGGACGUCCGCGAAAGCUGGUCGGGAAAUCAUUGAAGCGCAAGAAAAUCCCCCGCACGACCAAAGUGGAAGUGGCCUACAGCCGGGACGACGAAUCCGACUCCUCUUGCGCCGCAAUAAUGCAGGAUGAGAACGCGCCGCUGGCCUCUUUCAAACCGAUGGGAUUCGAAAUGUCCUUCUUGAAAUUCCUGGAGCAGUCGAAUAAGUGUGAGCCCUCGCCGGUGGAGAUCGCCGGCGUCCCGGAGACGUGGAGGACGACGGCCAGUCUGAACUCCAGAGACACGUGCGUGCGGUUCAGCAACCGGCAGAACGUGAAAUCGCUCAGUAGGGUCAGAAUAAUAAUAGACGGGGCCUUUUCGGGUGUCGCCGACCUUAUGUUGAAACAGCUGCAGGACACGCAGCCUGCGGUGGUGUUGUAAAAUUUAAAAAAAACAGACUUCUUUUUUUUUUUUUUGCAAAGCAGAACCUCAGGACUAGAAUGAGUCAAAUCUGCUGCAGACUGAUGUCCACUACAUGUGAAAUAUUUUCUACACAUUCAGCUAUUUAAAAAAAAAAAAAAGAAAAGAAAGAUCAAAAAAAGAAAAACAAGUUGUUUUAAAUAAUCCUGUAUUAUCUGUACAAUUUGUCUUUUUUUUUAAAUUUUUUUUUUUCUCAUGGAAAAGUAUAUAGCAUGUUUUUAUUUAUGGACGGUCAUAAAAAAGUUCCCUGAACGUUGUUGAUGCGACUGAUCGACUUUUUGGCGUCUUAAUAAUCCCUGUGGGACGUAGAGGCGAACGAGACUUUGAAAUGGGUUGUGACGUUGUGUGUGUGUGUGUAGCUUGUGAUUUUAAGAUGUUGAUUCUUGUGCGUUGGUUAUAUAGUCACCCGCUGCCACCAGCAGUCUUAUUAAAUGAACAGUUUUUUUUACAACCAGCUCGACUUGUUUUUCAUCGUUUUCGUUAAGAUGCGCUGCAGCUUUGACACAAAUGGGCUCUAAUCUGCAGAGCGGCAUGAUUUCUGAACUAGAAAAUGAGAUGAUUUUUGAAUUAAAUGCUCAUCAUGCAGAAAGUCA